AUGAACGUUCAUCCAAAUCAGCAUCAUAAUAUUCAAAUAAAAGAAAGCUUUCUUGUUGGAAGAAGUUUGCUUAAUUUUACGUCGAUUUUCGUAUCAUUAGGUGUCUUCUUGUUUGGUUUUGAACAAGGAUUGAUGUCUUCGUUAUUGACUAACAAAUACUUCAAGAACUAUUACAAAAACCCAAGUCCAGCAGCUGUUGGUACGAUGAUUGCCAUCCUUGAGAUUGGUGCUUUAUUUUCCUCUUUUGUUGCGGGUAAAGUUGGCGAUCACAUCGGAAGAAGACGUACUAUACGCUGUGGUUCUUUUAUCUUCGUAGUGGGGGGGUUGAUUCAAACCUUUUCGGUCAAUAUUAUAAACUUAGGGGUAGGGAGAUUGAUAAGUGGUGUAGCAAUUGGGUUUUUGACUACUAUUAUUCCGUGUUAUCAAUCCGAGAUCAGUCCACCUGAUGAUAGAGGAUUUUAUGCGUGCUUAGAAUUUACAGGUAACAUUAUUGGUUACUCUACGAGUAUUUGGGUGGAUUAUGGCUUUUCGUUUAUAGAGAACGAUUAUUCAUGGAGAACUCCAUUAGCCAUUCAAUGUAUCAUGGGCGCCCUUUUGUUUUUAGGCUCGUUCAUUAUCGUAGAAACUCCAAGAUGGCUCUUAGAUCAUAAUCACGAUAUCGAAGGAAUGAUUGUGAUUUCUGAUUUGUAUGGUGAUGGUGAUGUGGAAGACGAAUUAUCUAAAACUGAAUAUAGAAAUAUUAAGGAAAACAUUCUCAUUGCAAGAGUGGAAGGAGGGGAACGUUCGUACCGUUAUAUGUUAACGAAGUAUAAGAAGCGUCUUUCUGUUGCAUGCUUUUCGCAGAUGUUUGCACAAUUAAAUGGUAUUAAUAUGAUUUCCUAUUAUGCGCCUAUGAUUUUUGAGCUGGCUGGAUGGGUUGGUAGACAAGCCAUUUUAAUGACUGGUAUUAACUCCAUAGUGUACGUUUUAAGUACAAUCCCACCAUGGUAUUUGGUUGAUGGUUGGGGCAGAAAGCCAUUAUUAAUGUCUGGUGCUAUAGUAAUGGGUAUACCAUUAUUGGUAAUUUCGUAUUCGUUAUUCCUUGAUAACAUUUACACUCCAAACAUAGUGGUUGUGUCUGUGAUUAUAUUUAAUGCUGCAUUUGGUGCAAGUUGGGGACCAAUACCAUGGAUGAUGAAUGAGGUUUUACCCAAUAGUGUUAGAUCUAAAGGUGCAGCCAUGUCCACUGCCACAAAUUGGUUAUUCAACUUUAUCGUAGGAGAAAUGACCCCAAUUUUAUUGGACACUAUUAAGUGGAGAACCUAUUUGAUAUCUGCCUUCUCGUGUGGAUUAUCAUUUUUAUGUGUUCACUUCUUAUUUCCGGAAACAAAAGGGUUGACCUUAGAAGACAUGGGUUCUGUAUUUGAUGACAACUCGUCUAUUUUCUCGUUCCAUUCAGGCGCAUCCAGUGGAAAUAAUGCAUCUGCUACUUCCAUUAAUAACUACGGGGCUGCAGAUAGUGGUAUCGAAGUCCGCAGAACUAGUAUCUCUGUGGAAACCCCAAAUCAUGCAAACAUAGUUAACGAAGCAUUCCGCCAAUCCCCAGCUUCAAUUGCUCGUAAUCCAAAGACCAAGCCAGAAUUGGAUGGCCUCAUUACUGGUAAUCCACCACCUGUACCAUCAGACCUCCAGGCCUUAGACUCUAAUGUUCCCCCACAGGAAAUCGAACCUCCUUCCUUCGAUGUCAUUUUCAAGUAUAAAGUACGCCAAUUAGAGACACCAAACAUAUUCCAAAAGGCCUUCCGUGCAAUUUCAGGCAAAAAUUCGUUCAAACCACCACCUAUCGACGAAGAACGUACUUUGCUCUCGAAUAACUGA